AUGUUAGAUGAAAUUCAUAGACAAGAACGUGAAGAGAUGGAAAAGAAACUUCAUGCAAAAGAUGAAGUCAUUGAAGCAAAAGACAAAAACAUUCAGAAAAGAAUACCACGUUCGGUACCAAAAGGAAAGGAAAAGAACUAUAAGUAUAUGAUUUAUACUGAAGAGAUGGAAAAUGAAGAAGACAGAGAUAUGGUUAUGUUGCAUUUAGUCAGAAGAAACAACAAAAGCUUUUACGACCUUGCUAAGAUUUACAAAUCUGACAGAAAUUGGUUCUAUCGCGAAAACUUACCGAUUUCAAUGACACCGAAUGAAGAUGUGAAACAAAUAGUUCAAGAUACGUUACCUCAAACACACUAUGAUAUUAAAGGUUGUACAAUACUUACCUUCAAAGAAGACUUACCGCUACUGAAAGAAAAAAUAACAGAGUAUUUUGACAACUUCAAACAAGCAGAGUAG